GUCGGUGCAGUCUACAGUGAGUGAGUGAUAUGAGAAUGAUGGGUGAAGAGAUGGGAUACGGAGAGUAUUACUACGAGAACAGCUGGCCAGUUGUUCCGACGGAGUAUGGAGGUGACCCUAAUGUUAGCUGCCAGUACCGACAGCCAGAGGAGGAUUACCGAUGCAGCUAUGCGUUGCUCGACAGUAUGAAGAUGCCAGGCCAGCGCGCGGGUUUCCAGAUCUCCGACAUCCUGGGCCUAAACGAGGCCAAGGGUCUGGAGCCGCCCGCCCUGGGCCCGGAGCUGCCGCCGUACCCGCAGCCCUACUCCGCGGAGCUGCUGCGCCAUCACCAACCCUGGCUCAACCUGGACCAACACGAUCAUACUGGUAUUCUUGGCCAACAAGCUAGUCCGGACAGCACGUCCCGAGCGUCGGAACUGUCUUACGCGGGCCCGCCGACCACGUCGCCCAACGUGGUCGACACGCGUCACGACCACGAUCAAGACGUCGACCACGAUCACGACCAUGACCACAGCCUCGACCACGACGACGACGAUCACGACCAACCGCUCAACGACUCCAGCAUCUCGCAUAAAAAGCGCAAGCGCCGCGUUCUAUUUUCAAAGGCUCAGACCUACGAGUUGGAGAGGCGUUUCAGGCAGCAGAGGUACCUUUCGGCACCAGAGCGGGAGCACCUAGCCAGCUUGAUUCGCCUGACGCCGACGCAAGUGAAAAUCUGGUUUCAGAACCACAGGUACAAGACGAAACGCGCGGUCCAAGAGAAGGGCGUUCACGAUUUAAACGUGGGCGGUUUGAACUCGCCACGGCGCGUGGCCGUGCCGGUCCUAGUGAAAGACGGCAGGCCGUGCCUCGGCAAGCCCGACGGCCUCCCCCCUCUGGGCCUGUCCCUUCCCCCCUACCAACCAAUGCAUCAUCAGCCCCCGGUCCCGGGUCACCAACCCAGCGGCUGCUGGUGGUGAUUCCAGAAAGUUCUCCAGUGGUUCCUAGUCGUAUAGAGUAAUUCACAGAAUGUAUACCUGUUCUGUAGAUUGUACCUGUUAUCUGCGUGACGCACUUUAUUGCGAACCGAUAAGCGAUGAGGUCGCAAGAAUAUUGUGAAAUCUAUUUUACUGUAGUUUAACUCGAAUAAGCGUCGUAAUGGUAUAUUUAUUAUAUUGCAGUUCCUAUUCUUAUUAUUUAGAAUUUUAAGUUUUUUU